AUGGCCGAAGAAAAUUCGAAAGCAUUCCCCUUGUCUGAUGCCGACCUUACUAACUCAAUCCUGGAGCUUGUUCAACAGGCUGGGCAGUACAAGCAGCUCAAGAAGGGAGCCAACGAAGCAACAAAGACGCUCAAUCGUGGUAUUGCUGAAUUCAUCGUGCUUACUGCCGACACAGAGCCCAUCGAGAUUCUGAUGCACUUACCUCUGCUAUGCGAAGAAAAGAACGUUCCCUAUGUCUUCGUACCAUCCAAGGCUGCCCUCGGCCGUGCAUGCGACGUAUCGAGGCCCGUGAUCGCAUGCAGUGUUACAACAAGUGAUACGAGAGAGUUGGCGAGUCAGAUAAAAACGAUCAAAGACGCGAUUGAGAAGCUGUUGGUCUAA